GGAAGUUGCGCAUGUCUCACUGACGGUUCAGGUUUGACAUUUCCCGACGCCGACAAGAAACAAGGUGCAUGGCAACAACUGCAUAGUGGUCUACGUGUUAAAUCUAGUGAAUUCCACCUGACUAGAUAGUAGAUCGCUACACUUUGGUAUAUGUGAGCAGUCAAACGUUUUAGUACAAAGCCACCCAACUACUUUUGCUAGCAUUACAUUAGCAAAGUCAGCACAGCUAGCAAGCGUCCUUCAUUUUGGUGAGACAGUUUGCUAGCUACCUAACGAGUGAACGGGACUAUUUCUUUAACCUGAACACCAUUAUAGGAUUUUACUCAAAAUGUUCGCGCUUACAAGUUAGCUCGCUUUUUGUUCAGCUAACAGUUCGCUAUCUGGUGUGGUUACUGACGUGUUUAUUGUAGCCUGUCACCGGCAAAAUGACUGUCUUUGAAAUGAACCAAGUCAUCGGUCCCUAGCGAACGUCAAAAGCCAGGUAAGUUGGGGCUGUAAACAAACAGCGACAAGACGGCAAGAGAAGGGAAGGAGGCGCUCGAAUCGCUCCUUCAGGAUUCAUCCACUGCAUCAGCAUCAACGAUGGAGUUGGCACUGCAGCAGCACAGAGAGAGAGAGGUGAAAGAGGGAGACAUGCAACAGAAACAGGAUUCUCAAGGAGGCAAACCCUCAAGCAUCUUGGGAAAGGCGCAUCCAGCUCUCAAGGCCUUCAUGUGUGGCUCCCUGAGCGGCACCUGCUCCACGCUGCUCUUCCAGCCUCUGGACCUGGUCAAGACGCGCCUGCAGACCCUGCAGAACAUCAUGAAGCCUGGAGCUCCUAAGGUGGGGAUGAUGACAGUGCUUGUCCAGGUCAUUCGGACAGAGACUUUCCUGGGCCUGUGGAAGGGAGUGUCACCGUCGUUUGUGCGCUGUAUCCCAGGCGUAGGGAUCUACUUCUCUACCUUCUACUCACUGAAGCAGCACUACUUCCAGGAGGGCCGGGCCCCUAACGCUGGGGAGGCUGUGCUGCUGGGGGCCGGGGCCAGGGCCGUGGCUGGUGUCUGCAUGCUGCCUGUCACCGUCAUAAAGACACGCUUCGAGAGCGGACGGUACAACUACGUGAGCGUCCUGGGAGCUCUGAAGAGCGUGUGUGAGACGGAGGGGCCCAGGGCUCUGUUCUCCGGGCUGACGGCCACACUGCUCCGAGACGCCCCCUUCUCUGGCAUCUACGUCAUGUUCUACAGCCAGGCCAAGAGGUCCCUGCCACCAGAGGUGAGCUCGUCGCCCUAUGCCCCGUUGGGGAACUUUGGCUGUGGGGUGAUGGCUGGAGUCCUAGCCUCUGUGGUCACCCAGCCAGCUGACGUGGUCAAGACUCACAUCCAGGUCAGCCCCUCCCACUGGACAACCAAGGAUGCCAUUCGCUACAUCUACAUGGAGCAUGGUCUGAGGGGUUUCUUCCGUGGGGCUGUGCCACGCUCUCUGAGGAGGACUCUGAUGGCAGCCAUGGCCUGGACCGUCUACGAACAGCUGAUGGCCCGCAUGGGACUCAAGUCCUGAGGGGAGGAGACAGGGAGGAACUGAUAAAGGAAGAAUGACGUGGGGACUUGUUUUUAUACAAUGCAGCAGUUUGAGGGGGAAGAAAGUGAGAAGGAGGGAGAGAGGGGAGGUGUAGGGACUGUUUAUCACUGUAACUAGCUUGGGAAAGACAAAGAGGUGGGUGUCGGUGGCACGGAAGUGUGAAAGGUGUGUGUGUUUUACAUGUUGAUGUUUAUGAGAGUUAUUGUGAAUGUUUGUAUGUCCUUACAUUGUCAACCCUGACCUUAAAUGACAUUCCCUCACUGCUGAGAACUGAACUGAUCCCCCUCUGAGUGUGGAGACCAUAGAGAACUAUCUAUUUCUAUGGGGGAGACCCUCUCAGACUGACUACUAUGGAUACCACUCCGGUGACAAGAGACUGUCACUCACUGUCUAGGACUGUGACUAACAUCUAGGUGUCUCUAACACUCCCACUCCCAAGACGAAACGGCAGCUUUGAUUUAGUUACCUCAGCAAGAGGUUAUCUGCUGGCUAAAAGUGUAGUGGACUGGACAAAGUAACCCUGUGCCAUGACCAUGCAACAUAUUUACAAAUGACCGGCAGACUACAUUAUCAGCAAAGUGAUUAUUGCAACCUAUCGACUGACUGAAGGAAAUAGAAUAUUUAUUCACUGACUGACUGACUGACUGACUAAAACCAUUUCUUACUAGCUUGGACAAUCAAGACAAUAUUGCUGUGCAUUGUAGCAAAAGACGAGGCUGAUAUUUUCUAUACUGCAACUGCAUAAUUAGCUACUAGAAACUUGGCAUUGGCAUACUUAGCCAUAUUAAAAUAGUGUACAGUAGGUGUUCUCUAUACCCAAUUCAACUGGGAUCUCAUUUCUAGUGCAUUCCAUUCUGGUUGCAGUGUUGUAGACCGGAUGUGCUUUAUCUAACCAGUAAUGAUAGUCAAUCCCAGAGCCAUUGAUGGAUAAUUGGCUCUAGUCAAUCCCAUUGGAACCCAGACGAUGCAACUCUGGCCCCCUUUGGGCUGUAGCAUUGUGAGACAAUAGUCAACAUUGCGAUCAUGAACAUGCAACUUCAGCAUCACUGUAUUACAUGGGCCAGAUUCAGUAGUCACAAGAAGAAAGCAAACCGGAGGGACCAGCUGAUCUUGUCCUAUACAAAACAUAAAAUCUGGUUUUCCGAUGCAAAACAUUUUGCGACGGUGUGCACUAAUGUACACUACCCAGCUAAAUAUAGGAAUCCAUAUCAGUGAUGCACAGCCAUGGUCCUGGAUGGUCUCUCGUUAGUUUUGUAAAUGAAUAGGCCUAUGUAUUCAGUAUUUUGAGUAGUUUGUUUUUGGAAGCCCAUACACGUGUAUAUUUUUUAACCCACAGUGUCUAUUGUGCCAUGUUCAAAAAUAAAAACCCAUGACAUGUCUGUUUUAAAGAGAUGUGUUUAUAUUGAAAAGCAUUGUGCAGAUUGAAAAUAUACACUGAGUGGGCACAACUAAAUAUUAGGAGGGUGUUCUUAAUGUUUGGAAUACUCCGUGUAUAGAGCCUGUUGAGCCCUAUUGAAGCUUCUAGGACCAGAGAUGGCUGAGAGAAACUGAUUUAAAUCCUUCAUUCUAUAUUGGUGCACUAGUAGCACAGGGCUACUCACUCCAUGCCAUCACUACAAUCACUGUUUGCCAACUGCUUUUGCUUUUUAUGCACACACAUGAAAAAGGACAUAACAUAGCUUCAAUAUACACACAGUGGCCAGUUUUUAUUAGGUACAUCCAUCUAGUACCGAGUCGGACCCCCUUUGCUUCCAGAACAGACUGAAUUCUUUGUGGGCGUGGAAACGUUGCUCAAUUGGUGUCAAGGGACCUAACAUGCGCCAGUAAAACUUUACCCACACCAUGACACCACCACCACCAGCCUGGAUGGGGGAAUGGACUCAUGCUGCUUACGCCAAAUCCUGACUCUGCCAUCAGUAUGAAUGAACAGGAACCGGGUUUUGUCAGACCAGGCAAUGUUUUUCCACUCCUCAAUUGUUCAGUGUUGGAGAUCACGUGCCCACUGGAACCGCUUGUUUAUAACUGAUAGAAGUGGACUCCGGUGUGGUCUGCUGCAGUAGCUCUUCCUUGGCAAGGAUAGAUGAGUUGUGCAUUCUGAAUGCCGUUUCCCGCUGUUAUCUGCCCAUUUGUGGGCCUACUGUUCGCUUGCACGAUUCUUGCUAUUCUCCUCCGACCUCUCACAUUAACCAGCUGUUUUCACCCACAGGACGGCCGCUAACUGGAUGUUUUUUGUUUGUCGCGCCAUUCUCCGUAAACCCGAGACACUGUCAUGAGUGAAAAGCCCAUUAGGCCGACCGUUUCUGAGAUACUGGAACCGGCUCGCCUGGCACCAACCACCAUACUACGCUCAAAGUUGCAUAGGUCACUCGUUUUUCACAUUCUAACGUUCAAUCGACUGGUAACUGAAUGCCUCGAUGCCUGUCUGCCUGCUUUUUAUAGCAAGCCACGGCCACGUGACUCACUGUCUGUAGGAGCGAACCAUUUUUGUGAAAGGGGGGGUGUGUACCUAAAACUGGCCACUGAGUGUAGUUUGAGUCAUUGAGAGGGGAAACACUGAGUUAAACCUAGCUCAAUGCCAGUAAGUGAAUGCACUUCAGAAUUCAACACAUAUUCAUUCAUUCAAGCCCCUUAGCGGCUGGUAAAAGGACUGGGGUGAUUAACUUUUCCUGCAAAUUGGUAGUUCUUCAGCCCUUGUCUGUGUGUUUUGUUGUUGUAACACAGUAACAACUCUUACCACCAAAUUGUCCUGUGCCGUAACAUUUUUGCCUUGGUCGAGUAUCAUCACUAUCACUAUUGUCCUUGAUAUUGUGACUUUACAUUGUAUAUGGUCUGUUAUUAUUGUCAAUAUUUUGUGUGUGAGUUUGCUCAGACCGGUGCUGUGCCUGUUUUUGUUUUUACGUGAAUAAAAUUCCCCUAAUUUUUGUACAA